UAGCUAUAUUCUGUGCUGUGUUUGUAGGACAGAGAUUCACCAGUGAAUAAUCGAUUAAACAACAACUGUUCAAGGCCGAUCAGAGAAACGAUGUCACUACCAAUUCGAUAUGUCAGUAUAGAAGAACAGUGCAAACAGAAUCCGCAACUCAAAAUGUCAGAUCUGCAAAUUUUGAAGAAUUGGAUGGAAAAGCAACCUCAUCUGCCACGAGUCGAAAUGUUAUAUCUCAUUUUAUUUUUGCACAGCAACUAUUACCGCAUAGAACCGACUAAGAAGACGAUAGACAAUUUCUAUACCAUAAGGACACUUUUGCCGGAAGUGUUCUCUAAUAGAGAUCCAAUUGCAUGGAAAGAAUUGCGAAAAGCUUUCUCUAUCAUGGCAGCCGUGCCAUUAGAGCGAAAAACCAAGGAAGGAUAUGUAAUGACAUUUAACAAAUUUCUCGAUUCGAAUCCAAAUAAAUUCGACUAUUACGAAUGUAUGAAAUAUUUGCUUAUGACAUGCGAAGUACAAACUGUGUUGGAAGGUACCAACGAGGGAUUGGUUAUUAUUUUGGAUGCAACCGGCCUGUCUUUUAGUCAUAUCGCUAGUAUUAACUUAAUGGGAUUAAAAAAAGUUUUAUUUUACGUACAAGAAGCUGCUCCAGUUCGAUUAAAGGCUUUUCACAUACUGAACACUAUACCUAUAGUAGAUACGCUACUGAAUCUGAUAAAGCCAUUUUUGAAGAAAGAACUAAUGGAUCUUUUGCAUUUUCAUUCGAGUAUGGAGACUGUGAAGAAAUUUCUACCUAUUGAAGCUUUACCAAACGAGUAUGGUGGAAAAGCAGGACCUAUUGAAGAACUAGCUACUAAACACAUUAAAUUACUGGAGGAAUUUCGUGAUUGGUUUCAGUAUGAUGAAGUUUAUAGACGAGUGAACGAAUCUUUGCGAGUUGGCAAAUGUGAAAGUACAGAAAACUUAUUUGGCGUAGACGGUAGUUUUAAAAAGUUGGAGCUAGAUUAA